CCCAUUUUUCAAGAGGACUUGAAAAUUAAUUGCUGAUAAUCAAGAUGGUAGAAAAGAUGCCAUCUGCAUCCUGUGACGCACUGCUGGAUGACAUAGAAGAUAUCGUGACACAGGGUGACUCAAAGCCACAGGACAGGCAUUUUGCCAGAAGGCAUGUUAUUCCAAAGGUUCGAAAACGAAAUACCCAGAUGUGUUUGCCAGAGGAAAACAACCCACCAAGUGACAGCACUAUCCCAGGCAUACAGAAAAUUUGGAUACGAACAUGGGGUUGUUCCCAUAAUAAUUCAGAUGGAGAAUAUAUGGCUGGACAGCUAGCUGCUUAUGGAUAUAAAAUUACAGAAAAUGCAUUAGACGCAGAUUUAUGGCUUCUGAAUAGCUGCACUGUCAAAAACCCAGCUGAAGACCACUUUAGGAACUCAAUUAAAAAAGCCCAAGAGGAAAACAAGAAAGUCGUGCUAGCUGGAUGUGUUCCUCAAGCCCAGCCUCGUCAGGACUACCUUAAGGGACUGAGUGUCAUAGGGGUUCAGCAGAUAGAUCGUGUGGUAGAAGUUGUGGAGGAAACCAUUAAAGGUCACUCAGUGAGACUGCUGGGCCAGAAAAAGGAUAAUGGAAAACGCUUAGGGGGAGCUCGAUUGGAUUUGCCAAAGAUUAGGAAGAAUCCAUUGAUAGAAAUCAUUUCCGUCAAUACUGGGUGUCUCAAUGCCUGCACCUACUGUAAAACUAAACAUGCCAGAGGAAAUUUGGCCAGUUAUUCGAUUGAUGAACUAGUAGAUAGAGCCAAGCAGUCAUUUCAAGAGGGUGUUUGUGAGCUAUGGUUGACCAGUGAAGACACGGGGGCUUAUGGCAGAGAUAUUGGCACCGAUCUUCCCACACUCCUGUGGAAACUCGUUGAAGUGAUUCCUGAAGGAGCGAUGCUGAGGCUGGGCAUGACAAAUCCGCCCUAUAUUUUAGAGCAUCUGGAGGAAAUGGCGAAAAUCUUAAAUCAUCCCAGAGUCUAUGCCUUUCUGCACAUACCCGUCCAGUCUGCCUCUGACUCUGUCCUCAUGGAAAUGAAGAGAGAAUACUGUGUGGCUGACUUCAAAAGAGUAGUGGAUUUUCUGAAAGAGAAAGUUCCUGGAAUAACUAUUGCUACAGACAUCAUCUGUGGUUUUCCUGGAGAAACAGAUCAAGAUUUUCAAGAAACAGUGAAACUUGUUGAAGAGUACAAAUUUCCAAGUCUUUUUAUUAACCAAUUUUACCCAAGACCGGGAACUCCUGCUGCAAAAAUGGAACAAGUUCCGGCACAAGUGAAAAAGCAAAGAACGAAAGACCUUUCUCGAGUAUUUCAUUCUUACAACCCAUAUGAUCACAAGAUUGGUGAAAGACAACAAGUGUUAGUAACAGAAGAGUCUUUCGAUUCCAAGUUUUAUGUUGCACACAACCGAUUCUAUGAGCAGGUAUUGGUACCGAAGAACCCCUCCUUCAUGGGAAAAAUGGUCGAAGUGGACAUUUAUGAAUCAGGAAAGCAUUUUAUGAAAGGGCAGCCAGUAUCAGACGCCAAAGUCUAUGCACCAUCCAUCAGCAAACCAUUAGCAAAGGGAGAAGUCUCCGGCUUAACAGAGGAAUUCAGAACCCGGUGGGGGAAGCGCUUAGAUUCACUCUGCCACACCUCCGCAGUGAGUCCUGGAGAUUCACUGAGUUCCAGAAUGGAGCCGUGGACACAGAGGGUGCAGAAAGAUGGUGCAUUCAAGAUAUCUGUGGGCCUGACUCUGCUGGCUCUUCUGUUUGCAUUUUUUAUCAAGGUCUAUAAUUAG